GAGAGAGAGAGAGUGUGAGAGCCGGCGUAGCAAUGGCAGCUAGGAAGCGAGCUACAUCAACAACAGUAAAAACUACGGAGCCCGCCCCGGAGAAGCCUAAGUCCGAGACACCGGCGGCGGAACCCCCAAUUCGACCGGCAAAAUUGGCCACAAUCCUCAAAUUCUUUCUCAUAUUCUCGAUUCCCUAUUUUUACUUGAUUUUCACACACUACAGGAUCGAUUAUGAGAUUAAACGAUCGAUCCUGAUCAGUGCUUUCGUCAGCGGCAUAGGCUUCCUAAUCACGGUUAAAAUGAUCCCCGUGGCCUCCAAGUAUGUGCUGAGGAGGAAUUUGUUUGGGUAUGAUAUUAACAAGAAGGGCACCCCUGAUGGAUCCAUUAAAGUGCCUGAAUCGUUGGGCAUAGUUGUUGCUAUAGUUUUCCUAGCCGUCGCUAUCUUGUUUCAAUAUUUCAACCUCACCGCAGAUUCUAAUUGGCUAGUCGAAUACAAUGCUGCACUAGCAUCAAUCUGCUUCAUCACUCUGCUUGGUUUUGUGGAUGACGUCCUGGAUGUACCUUGGAGAGUGAAACUGGUGUUACCAUCUAUCGCUGCUCUACCAUUGUUGAUGGCUUAUGCUGGGCAUACAACUAUUAUCAUACCAAAGCCACUUGUUCCAUAUGUCGGAAUGGACAUUUUAGAUUUAGGGUGGAUUUAUAAGCUCUACAUGGGGUUGUUGGCUGUGUUCUGCACGAAUUCAAUUAACAUUCAUGCGGGUAUUAAUGGCCUCGAAGUUGGACAGACAGUCGUUAUUGCUUGUGCUAUCUUGAUACAUAACAUCAUGCAAAUUGGGGUAGCUACUGAUCUGGAACACAAGCAAGCACAUGUUUUCUCCAUUUACCUUGUGCAACCCUUGCUUGCAACUUCUUUAGCAUUACUUUCUUUUAACUGGUAUCCCUCUUCAGUUUUCGUAGGGGACACUUACACUUACUUUGCUGGAAUGACUAUGGCUGUUGUCGGCAUUUUAGGCCAUUUUAGCGAAACACUGCUGAUAUUCUUCGCUCCACAAGUCUUGAACUUUCUGCUUUCGCUUCCUCAGCUAGCUGGCAUCAUACCUUGCCCACGACAUCGACUUCCGAAGUUCGACCCCCAAACUGGGCUACUAACAGGGACCAACGAUGGAACUCUUGUCAACUUAUUUCUGCGGCAGUUUGGGCGGAGAUCAGAGAAGUCCCUCUGUAUUCUGCUCUUAAUUUUCCAGGCUAUAUGCUGUGGAUUUUGCUUCUUUCUUCGGUGGCUCCUCACCGGCUGGUACAAGUGAUAUGCUCCACCACGUCGCCCUGAUUUUUCGUCCUCGGCAAUCCCCAUACGUCAAGGCUUGUUUUUAGGCUUAUCCCCUGGAAACAGAGUUGCAGAGCAGGCUUAUCUAGCUUCUAAGUUUUGUACUUAACACAGGUAUAAGUACUAACAGCUUUUGCCAGAGAUAUUGUACUAACAGCUUCGUUAACGGUUUUCUCCUUAGUCAGUGUGCCCCUUUCUCUUCUUA